GGCUUGUCAUGACCUGGGCACUGUUACUUGAAUGUUGUUAUUAUUGAGAUGAAGUACCCUUAGGCUGUCAUCCUUCCUGUAAAUAGAAGAGGUUCUGAUUCUCUGUGGUUUCCCAGUUUACCAACUUGUAGAACAGCUAUUUUGUUGGCCCUAAGUUUGACUGAAUAAUGAAUCAGAAGAACGGCACUAUUCCAGAAGGCACUGAUUCAUCAUUUUAGUGUGCUGGUCUAGACUAAGUCAUAAUAAGUAAAGCCAAACAAGAAUGUAUUUUCAUAUAGUUUAUAAAUUUACACCCAAUUAAAAAAACUCAGUUGUAUUGGCAUACGGCAAACAAAUUGCCCGGUUCCGCUCUCCGUGAAGUAAAGGCAAAAUUGUAAUUAGCAGGGAGCAUAACUGGUCCUGAGGGCCAAACUUGACUUUUUUCAGUGCUGUGGAGGAGUCCCAAUGGUGUUGGCAGAGGGGCUGACUCUGCUCCCUUGCAGUCGGUCGGCAUUUGGCCAUUGCUUUGCUUUAUUGCCUCUUAGGAGAGUAACAAGAAGAGCAAUUCUGUUAAUGCCUUUAUUAACUAAACAACUUCUGUCAUUAAUUUCCAGUUAAUUUCAAUAAUUAAAUAAACCAAUGCCAAUUAGAAUAUAAUGUUUACAAGAUACUGGCCUGUGUUUCCGUUUAUCAGGGUACAGUCACAAGCAUGCUGUUGUCGAGGUUUUCACCAAUGUGUUGCUGUUGUAACUGAAGUCACAUCUAUCCUGAUGAAUAUUUCAUCUCCCCAAUCAUGCUAUUAAAAACAGAGUGUUUUUACCCUUUCAUUUCUGUUUUCUCUUUUCCAGUACCAUCAUGACAGCUGUGGCUGCGUCCUGUUUACAAAUUGCUGCUAGUCACAUUUUCAGUAGUCCUUGUGUGUUUUGCUUUCCCCUAAUGUGGGCAAUUAGGAGGAAAUAUUUCUCACGAGCAUGGACUUGCUCUUCUCCUUGUAAUGACAUAGUCCUGCAAUCCAGGAAACCGUGCUGCAUGGUGUCCAUGUCCACGAUUUCCUGAUGUGGGAAAAACGUGUGGAAAGCAUCUGGAGAGGAGGAGACCCCCUUUACCAGCUUGUUUCCUGUUCUGUGACUGGCUGCCACGUAAUCUUUUCUUCCUGCAAUUGUAUCUGCCUGCACAGGCGGUCAAGCAAUCAACAGCGAAGAUGCUUCUUUUUUCAGGGACAAAGAAAUACUGCUUAUAGUAUAGUUUGGCCAGCCACGGUUUCUCCAGCUCACUCAGUUCCUAAGCACAUAAAGAAGCCAGACUAUGUGACGACAGGCAUUGUACCAGACUGGGGAGACGACAUAGAAAUUAAGAAUGAAGAUCAGAUUCAAGGGCUUCGUCAAGCUUGUCAGUUGGCCCGUCAUGUCCUGCUUCUGGCUGGAAAGGGCUUAAAGGUUGGCAUGACAACUGAAGAAAUAGAUUCCAUUGUUCAUCAUGAAAUAAUCAGACAGAAUGCCUAUCCGUCACCUCUGGGCUAUGGAGGUUUUCCAAAAUCUGUUUGUACUUCUGUAAACAACGUGGUAUGUCAUGGUAUUCCUGACAGUCGACCUCUUCAGGAUGGAGAUAUUAUCAACAUUGAUGUCACGGUGUAUUACAAUGGCUACCAUGGUGACACUUCUGAAACCUUUUUGGUGGGCAAUGUGGAUAAAUCUGGUCAAAAGUUAGUGGAGGUUGCCAGGAAAUGUAGAGAUGAAGCAAUUGCAGCUUGCAGACCAGGGGCUCCCUUCUCUGUAAUUGGAAACACAAUCAGCUCUGUGGCACAGCGGGGUGGCUUCCAGGUCUGCCCCUUCUUUGUCGGCCACGGCAUCGGGUCGUACUUCCACGGGCACCCCGAGGUGUGGCACCACGCCAAUGACAGUGAUUUGUUAAUGGAAGAGGGAAUGGCGUUCACAAUAGAGCCAAUAAUAAUGGAAGGAUCCCCCGAAUUUAAGAUUCUGAAGGAUAAAUGGACUGCAAUUUCUGUAGACAAUAAAAGAUCAGCGCAGUUUGAACAUACCAUUGUGAUUACCUCAGAGGGAUCAGAAAUCCUCUCUAAACUGGUGGAAGAAGCCUAAAGAUGGAGCAAGGAGUGGAGGCACUUGCUGUACUUCUGGGAUUUCCAGUUUCACUCGGGACAGAGAGGAGGUUUCUGUAAUUUCUGUGGGGAAUGGGUGCUGCCUAAGUUGCUGCAGGAGACAGAAAAAGCAGCUUGAGGGGUCAGCUCUGGACAUAGUCCUUUCUGUGUGUUACCUGGUGAGUAUUUAAUAAAAGUCCCUUGGCUUGUUUGUGA